UCAUUGUUCCCGAUUCCACAACACCAAGAUGCUUGGAAAGUGUGCGAUUCCACUUAGAACUGGAUGCUUUAUUCGCUGUAAUAGCGCAAGUCCAUCCAGAACCUCUGUCUCGGUCCUUGCAGCCUUGAUCAACACGCCAGAAGAAGCUCCGAUAGCCAAACCCAAGCCUAAAGCAUCCCCCACUCCCAAGAUACCACCCAAAAAACCCAUAACAGCCGAGUUCUUGAACCAGAUAUACCGCAACAAACUUGUCCCCCGAGUUUCCAGUGUCCAACGAGGAAACACCAAUGCCUUCUUCAACCAGGGCUCGAUCGAUCUCGAGUGGUCCGUCACCAGCGUACGGGACAUCCCGUCGGAGGUGGUGAAAAAUAUGGAGCGUGAAAUGUAUGCAAAGCAGGAGAAACAGCGGGAACUUGUGGAGGUGAAAGAUCCCAACGCGAUUGAAAGAGAGCUAGAUGCUAAAUAUAACGCAAACAAACACGACCUCACCGUCACCGCCACCUCCGCGAUCCCUACAAAGUUCAAAACCGGGAUUGAGCUGCGCUUUUUGUCAAAGCUCCCGGAAAUUCUUCUUCUCGGCUCCACCAACGCUGGCAAGUCCACCUUGUUCAACAACCUUUUUUCCCCCUUGGAGCGCACGCGAUCGCUAGCCGAGUUUGCCUACACCUCCAGCCGACUCAACUACACCAAGACGUUGAACUGCUUUAACGUGGGGAACCUCAUCAGAGUGGUGGACACGCCAGGUUACGGUGUCAAGGCCGCGCUGUCACAAGGACGUGCGGUUAUGGGUUAUUUGCAAGAGCGCGAGGAGUGCAAACGCGUGUACCUUGUGAUUUCCGCACCAGAUGGGUUUAAAAAGACGGAUAUGAUGGUGAUCAACAUGCUCCAAGACUUGUGUCUUCCGUUUGAAUUGGUCUUGACCAAGGUUGACAAACUAAUAGCCGCAAACCACAACAACAUCGAGAAGGUGACCGCACAGCUCGACCGCAUGUUUGAAGAGGUGGAAUUUUCCACCUGGGGGAUCCAACCAGAUGUGUUUUUUGUGAAUUCGUUAGUCAACAAGCACGUGGAGAAGCGUGGGGGUGUCCAGGCAUUGAGAUGUGGUAUCAUGUCCGCCUGUGGGUUGGAUGGGAUGGCCCUGAAACCCUUCAAGUACAAGAGACGCGAGGGGGUGUAGGGUAUGCUGUAUAUAUUGAAUGAUGCCACAAUCGGAACUUUGGUUAAUCUCCAAAGCAGAUGCCUUCUACGUCUGAAUUGUGAGCACUAAUAAUCCCGGGCUUAUGCUUGAGCCCGCGAUGGAGUCUAUACGUUAGCUCUUCGCACCAUGUUUCAGCGGAGUACUCUUAAUAAGGCAUUCAAACGAAGGAUACAUACCAUGAUAUGAAAAUAGUAUAUCUCUGAGACAAAAACGAUCUCGGUGAGGGUCGAACUCACGAUCUUGUGAUUAACAGUCACACGCCUUAACCAACUUGGCCACGAAAUCAUUCCAGUAUGCGAGCGUACGAGAAUGCCACUGAUACCUGUGACUGUCACGCUGGUUGCUGACAUUUAACGUUGGGACUUGGAAGGCGGAGAAUUUCGGUGCAUAUAACCUUGCACAAAUUAUUAGUAACCAGAAUGUGUGAUUUAUGUCUACCAUUUACAGUGUUUAAGCACAAAUACUGAC